GGCUCUUGCUCAGAUAACGCAUGGCUAACACAGGGGACGAGACGCUGGAGAUGGCAGCUCUCGGACGACCCUUCCAGCUGGGAAUGCUGUACGACUGCCGGAAGGAUCGCCUUAUUCCAGGAAUUACUUUAUGGAACCCAGAAGAACUACAAGCCAGCAUAAAUAAAGAAAACCAGCCUAUAACAGAGUUCAGCAUCAGCACCUCGGACUCCAUUGAAGACAAGGCUUCUGCUUUGAAAGUGGACGCUGCCCUCAAGGCAAGUCUCCUGGGGGGGCUGGUUCAAGUGAGCGGAGCUGCAAACUACUACAAUGACACAAAGAAGUCGACAAGACAGUCCCGAGUCACUCUGCAGUACUACACAACAACACAAUUUGAGAAUCUGACCAUGAAUCAUCUGGCCAAAGGGAAAGUGUCUCACCCCAGCGUGUUUGAUGACAAGACAGCGACCCACGUGGUUACCGCUGUGCUGUAUGGCGCCCGGGCGUAUUUCGUAUUCGACCGGCAGUUAUCCUCGGAGGAGAAGAAACAGGAAAUCCACGGAAAAAUGGAGCUAGCAAUAAGUAAAAUACCUACAUUUCCCAUGGAAGGUCAAGGCUCUAUUGACUUGAAAGCAACAGAAAAAGCUGAAGUUGAAAAAUUCAGCUGCACGUUCCAUGGAGAUUUUCGUCUCUCAUCUAACCCGUCAACUUACCAAGGUGCUGUGAAAGCCUACUCCGCUCUUCCGGAAUUGCUCGGGGACAAAGGAGAGAACGCAGUGCCUGUGAAGGUCUGGCUGUACCCGUUAAUCAAGCUGGACUCUAGGGCUGCCAAGCUGGAAAGGAACGUAAGCGACUAUUUGGUAUCGUCUGCGCAAACUGUUUUAGAGGAAUUUAACAAAAUUGAAAUGCAAAGCAAUGACGCCUUAAAAGACGUUGUUGCUGGAACGUUUCCUGAAGUCAGUGAGAAGGUUCGACAACUGAAGCAAAGGAGCACGCUGUACAAGAUGAAUUUCAUGAGAAAACUGUCCGCCGUGCUGCCUUCCAUCCGCGGAGGUGAGCAAGAGGAAGAAUCGCUCCGAGAGAUUUUAAAAAGUCAUGAAGAGUCCCCUUUUAACUUUAAAGCACAACAUGCUUGGCUGAACAGCAAAGAGAGAGAAAUCAAUGCAGUGGGGUAUUGCCUUACUAUAUUAAAAGACAUCCACGCUGUAUCUUCUGUGAACGAGCUAGACUGUGAAGAAUUAAACAGUGAGACUGAAAAUAUUGUUUGCUUUACGUUCACCUCACUGCACGAGCCCGAACCGUAUCUGGAACAUCUAAAAAACUACCUUGAAACCCAAGCGAGGAAGAACCCUGAGCGUUCAACUGCUAGAAAUUAUUUGCAUCAAGCGAGCAAGCAGUGGGUGAGCAGCGAAACUAAUCUGAAGAUCAGAACGCAUUUGAAGGCUUUCCAGGAGUUAGUGAACAUCAACAGGGAGGACAAGAAAACAAAGUUCUUUGUAGCUUCUAAGGAAGACCAGGAGUUUCCCGGAGCCUGCAUUCUCCUGCGUGAAAAUGGAUCCUCGAAAUACACACAUUUUGAGAUCCCGGCAAAACCUGACGACCCUGAGGUCUGUGAUGUCACCCAUGACCGUGUGACUCUGAAGGUGGUGCCCCCCAGCGGUGAUGCUGAUCAGAAACUGAAAUACCAUCUGGAGUAUAAGUGCGUUAAUCAGAAGGAAUGGACAAUUCAAUCCAGCACUGAUAAAACAGAGACCCUCACUGUGUCAGGCUUGCAGCCGAACACAGAGUAUGAAUUUAGAUACACAGUGGAAGGGAAGUUGGGCUAUACUGUGAGCGGUGACACAACCAGCAAAGUCAAGACAACAAGUUCAUCUGCACAAGACACAGAUUGUCAGUCUCUCUGUCUCGCUGCAGCAGAAAUGGCAGAAGCGAAUAUACUGGUAGCGCAUGACCAGUUUAGCUGUCCAGUGUGUCUGGAGCUAUUGAAGGACCCAGUCGCUAUUCCAUGUGGACACAGUUACUGUAUGGGGUGUAUUAAGAACUGCUGGGAUCAGACUGAUCAUACAGGUGUCUACAGCUGCCCUCAGUGCAGAGAGAUCUUUACCCCAAGACCUGUUCUGUGCAGAAACACCGUUCUAUCCGAAGUUGUGGAGAAAUUAAAAAAGACAGGACUCAAUCCUCCUCCUGCUCAAAGUUAUGCUGGACCUGGAGAUGUGCCGUGUGAUUUCUGCACUGGGACAAAGUUCAAAGCUGUGAAAUCCUGUUUGACGUGCCUGGCCUCUUACUGUGAAACACACGUCAAGCCACACUAUGAGGGGGCUGCUUUCAAGAGGCACAAGCUGAUCAAUGCAACUGGAAAUCUGGAGCAGAAGCUUUGUGCUGAACACCAAAAGGUUUUGGAGGUCUUCUGCAGAACCGAUCAGACGUGUAUUUGCUGGUUGUGUACAGAAGAGGAACACAGGAGCCAUGAUACAGUCUCAGCUGAGAAAGAAAGGACUGGGAAACAGAAGCAGCUGGGAGAGACACAGACAGAAAUACAACAGAGAAUCCAGGAGAGACUGAAAGAAGUGAAGGAGCUGAAACAGGCUGUGGAGUCACUGAAAAGUUCUGCAUGCAUAGAAAUAAAGGAAAGUGAGAAGGUCUUUACUGAGCUGAUCCGAUCCAUUGAGAAGAUCCACACUGAGGUUAUUGAGCUGAUUGGAGCUAACGAGAAGGCUGUAGUGAAUCAGGCUGAAGGACUCAUGAAGAAACUGGAGCAGGAGAUUGCUGAGCUAAGGAGGAGAGACGAUGAGCUGAAACAGCUUUCAGAGACAGAGGAUCACAUCCAUUUUCUACAGAAUUUCCAGUCUCUCUGUGCCCCUCCUGAAGCUGGAGACUUACCCAGGGUUACUGUCAAUACAGACAUCUCUUUUGGGGCUGUGAGGAAAGCUGUAUCUGAACUUAAAGACCAUAUUGAGGACUUCUGCAAGGGGGAAUUAGUCAAAAUAACCAAAACAGUGAAUGACGUUGCAGUUGACAGUCUGCAGGCUCCAGAGCCAAGGAACAGAGCUGAGUUUUUUAAAUAUUCCUGUCAGCUCACACUGGACCCCAACACAGCACACAGAGAGAUUUGUCUGUCGGAAGGGAACAGAAAGGUGACAUGGGGAGAGACCCAGCCAUGUCCUGAUCACCCAGAGAGAUUUGACAGCUGGGAACAGGUGCUUUGCAGAGAGGGUUUGUCUGGGACUCGCUGUUACUGGGAGAUCGAGUGGAGUGGGGGAGGGGCUUUUUUAGGUGUCACAUAUAAAGGAAUCGGCAGGAAAGGAUUGGAUGCUUCCUGCGGCCUUGGAUUCAAUGACAAAUCCUGGAGUUUGUACUGCUCUGGUUCAAGUUACACUGCCUGGCACAAAAACAAUCAAACUGAAAUAACUGCCCCCCGCUCCCCCAGAAUAGGAGUGUAUCUGGACUUUAAUGCCGGCACUCUGUCAUUUUAUGGCGUCUCUGACACAAUGACCCUCCUGCACAGAUUCCAAACCACAUUCACCGAACCGCUUUAUCCUGGGUUUUGGAUUGGUUCUGAUUCCCCUGUAACAAUCUGCCAGCUGAUCUAUUUGCUUGUUGUGAAAUCAUCAGUCUCUCUCUCUCUCACUGCAGCAGAAAUGGCAGAAGCGAAUAUUCUGAUAGGAGAGGACCAGUUUAGCUGUCCAGUGUGUCUGGAGCUAUUGAAGGACCCAGUCACUACAUCAUGUGGACACAGUUACUGUAUGGGGUGUAUUAAGAACUGUUGGGAUCAGACUGAUCAUACCGGUGUCUACAGCUGCCCCCAGUGCAGAAAGACCUUUACCCCAAGGCCUGAUCUGAGCAGAAACACCAUUCUUGCUGAUAUUGUGGAGAAAUUAAAGAAGUCAGGACUAAGUCCUCCUCUUGCUCAAAGUUGUGCUGGACCUGGUGAUGUGCCGUGUGAUUUCUGCACUGGGACAAAGUUCAAAGCUGUGAAAUCCUGUUUGACGUGCCUGGCCUCUUACUGUGAAACACACGUCAAGCCACACUAUGAGGGGGCUGCUUUCAAGAGGCACAAGCUGGUCAAUGCAACUGGAAAUCUGGAGCAGAAGCUUUGUGUUGAACACCAAAAGGUUUUGGAGGUCUUCUGUAGAACCGAUCAGAUGUGUAUUUGCUGGUUGUGUACAGAAGAGGAACACAAGAGCCAUGAUACAGUCUCAGCUGAGAAAGAAAGGACUGGGAAACAGAAGCAGCUGGGAGAGACACAGACAGAAAUACAACAGAGAAUCCAGGAGAGACUGAAAGAAGUGGAGGAGCUGAAACAGGCUGUGGAGUCACUGAAAAGAUCUGCAUGCAUAGAAAUAAAGGAAAGUGAGAAGAUCUUCACUGAGCUGAUCCGAUCCAUUGAGAAGAUCCACACUGAGGUUAUUGAGCUGAUUGGAGCUAACGAGAAGGCUGCAGUGAAUCAGGCUGAAGGACGCAUGAAGAAACUGGAGCAGGAGAUUGCUGAGCUAAGGAGGAGAAACGCUGAGCUGAAACAGCUUUCAGAGACAGAGGAUCACAUCCAUUUUCUACAGAAUUUCCAGUCUCUCUGUGCCCCUCCUGAAGCUGGAGACUUACCCAGCGUUACUGUCAAUACAGACAUCUCUUUUUGGGCUGUGAGGAAAGCUGUAUCUGAACUUAAAGACCAUAUUGAGGACUUCUGCAAGAGGGAAUUAGUCAAAAUAACCAAAACAGUGAAUGAAACAGCAGCUUAUAGCCUGGGGUCUAGGAGCAGUGUCAGACACUUAAAAGUGAAUGAAGUUGCAGUUGACAGUCUGCAGGCUCCAGAGCCAAGGAACAGAGCUGAGUUUUUGAAAUAUUCCUGUCAGCUCACACUGGACCCCAACACAGCGCACAGAGUGCUCUGUCUGUCUGAAGGGAACAGAAAGGUGACAUGGAGUGGAGAGACCCAGCCAUAUCCCAAUCACCCAGCAAGAUUUGACAGCCGGGCCCAAGUGCUUUGCAGAGAGGACUUUUCUGAGACUUGCUGUUACUGGGAGAUUGAAUGCAGUGGGCAAUGGACUGAUAUAGGAGUCACAUAUAAAGGAAUCAGCAGGAAAGGAGGGAGUCUUUCCUGUAUCCUUGGACAUAAUGACAAGUCCUGGUGUUUGGACUGCUCCAAUUACAGUUACACUGCCUGGCACAAUAACAAGAAAACGGCAAUAGCUGCCCCCUACUCCCCCAGAAUAGGAGUGUAUCUGGACUUUAAUGCCGGCACUCUGUCAUUUUAUGGCGUCUCUGACACAAUGACCCUCCUGCACAGAUUCCAAACCACAUUCACUGAGCCGCUCUAUCCUGGGUUUAGGCUUUAUCCUUGUUCCACUGUAACAAUCUACCAGCUGAACUAGACUGUUCCGUGUUUUAAGAAAACCUUUGAUUGAACUCCCUCUCCGCUCCUCGGGUGAAGGGAAUGUUUAAUCCGAUAUUCUCCAUGUGUAAAGUGAAGCCGUCAAUCUGGAAGAUCAAUACAGCGUGUUGAUCUCUCAUCUUCUAUCCUCAUCCUCUUUCUUUCUUUGUCUCUUUCUUUCUUUCUUUCAGACCAGGAAGGGAAUGGAGCAACACACACAGUGCUGCGAUUUGAAGGACUGAUGAACGCAUUUAUCACUAAAACAGGAGAUUUAAACAGAAUG